UUAAUGGCAGUAUAACAGUUUGGGUGUGGUGUCACUGUUUGGUGUUUUGCCCUCAGAUUUGGCUGCGUUUUCUUCCCAAUUGCCAUGGAUUUCAUGAAAUUUGUGGCCUAUUGCGUGCUCUUUGCAGCCUUCUGCAACACCUGCUCCGCCCUGGAAUGCUACGUCUGCGCCAAUCAGUCGGCUAACACGGAGAAGUGCCUGAAGACAAUAAAGACGUGCGAGCCGGGCGAGGAUGUCUGCCUGACGGAGAUCCGAUGGGGAAGUAUGCCGUACUUCUCGCAGGGCGCGCUCAAGCAGUACUACGUCUCCAAGCGGUGCUCCACGAAGGAGGUGUGCCAGAAGAUCCGCUCGCGCUACAUGCCCUACUGCACGCACAUCUGGUACGAGGACUGGUCCUGCUCCGAGUGUUGCCAGGGCGACAGAUGCAACUACUUCAUAAUAAGCGCCGCGAAUGACCUCAGAGCGCCCCUGGCGCUGCUCAUAGUCGGCGCCUACAUGCUGGUCAGGAGACUAACGUGAAGCCUUAGAGAAGAGUCCACCUAAUCUCGUAGAGAUUCAAUUCCGUCCAAUUUCCGUAGGUGAUAAGAAAUAGGAAUGCAUUCCGUCCAGAAGUCGUCCGAAAGGGAUUGCAAACGGGUCUGACUUGCGAUAUAUUUGGAAGAUGGCAAU